UUCGUGCUCGUACAAUCUUCAUAACACCUCGCAUUCAUUUACAGCUCCGUCAACUCCUCUUGAGCGGCUGGAAUUUGAGCGCUUCUGACCAUAAACUUCCUCCAUUGACCACCCUAGCGCUUCACGUCCAACCAAGCCUACAUCAUGGCCGGUACCAAUAUGCCUCCGCUGCCUCCACGGGACAGCACACCAUUAGAUGCUCCUCCUCCGUACACUCCCUAUCCCCAUUCGAACCUCGAAUCGCACGAUCCCAGAACAUCCUCGACCCAGUCACUCCUCCCAGAAGAUGCCCCUGCCGGUCAACAUAGGCGAAGACUACUUCUCGUCUAUAUACAUGGCUUCCAAGGCGACGAGACAAGCUUUCAAAGCUUCCCGGCUCACGUCCACAACCUAGUGAAAAUCUCCCUGGCUGACACCCAUACCGUACAUACAAAAAUAUAUCCAAAAUACAGGACACGCCGGGCAAUUGAAUUCGCUCGCGAUGACUUUAGUGCUUGGCUCACGCCGCACGAACACCCAAACACAGAUGUGAUUCUGCUCGGGCACUCUAUGGGAGGGCUCCUGUCUGCGGAAGUAAUCCUCAUACCAACGCAGUCCCCACACUUCGCCAGUGUCUUCCGUCACCGCAUACUCGGAUCCAUCAACUUUGACGUGCCGUUCUUGGGUAUGCAUCCAGGUGUAAUCUCAAGCGGGCUGGCGAGCCUUUUCAAUCCAGCCGACAAAUCGACAAAGGAAGGGGCAAUAUCUGAGACAGAAGCGCUGGGCACGCCAGGUAGAGCAGACACUUUGUUUAGACCCCCUCAAGAUCCAGGUUAUAAUCCCGCUUUUGGGAACGACGUCAAUCUGCCUGUCAGAAAGGGCUGGGAGGGUACCUUGCAUUUCCUGAACAAACAUAGAAAGCACAUUCUUAAAGGAGGCAGGCAGUAUGUAGCAUCGCAUCUCGAAUUUGGUGGCGCCAUGGCCGAUUAUUCCACCCUGAAGAAGCGAUAUCAGAGCAUGCGGCCCUUGGACGAAGACGACCCGGCCAAGCGGAAGACUAUGAUGCGCACUCCGGGGACACCUCCGCGUGUGCGCUUUGUCAAUUACUAUACGGCGAGCACAGGAAGACCUAAGAAACCCAAGCCACCGAAACCUGAAGGUCCUACCAUGUCAAACGAGGAGCACAGGGAAGGCAGUGUUGCGAAAAUUGCGGCCGCAGAUAGUACAUAUGAUCUAGCCUCUCAGACGCAGCAGGUUACUAUUACGGAUACAUUACGGAAGGAUGAGGAAGAGGAGUUCCUCGCCAGUCUCCCUGCCGUCCCGCCUGCUCCGGUGGAACCAGCACCAUUCGACCCGUCAGCGUACCCAAACCCAAGUGUGUUGAACUUUGCCAGAAAGACACACGAGCGUGAAGUCAAUAGGUACAAACAACUUCUUGAAGAUCAUGAAAUCGCGCUUGCGGAGCGAAAAGAGCUGGAAGAAGCCCUGAGAUGCGAUGCACGCGAGCAACGCAAAGUCAGCGAAGCCACGAUACCCACCAGCUCUGAAAGCCAAGUCGCAACAGAACACAAUGACGACGACGAUGAUGAUGGCAGUCCACACGCACGCGUCAUCGGUCAACCCAUCACCAACACAACAAGCUACGACGGCUUCCAAGACAGCUACGUCGACGAGAACGACAGCUCCACAAAUCUGCAAAACACCCUUGCUUCAACCCCUUCCAUGCGCAGCACCGAUACAGACGCUCAGUCACGCGAGACUCCUCCAUCUGACGAUACGCCCAAGAAACCCAAGCGGGACCGGAAAUUCUGCAUGCUGCCGUCGAAAGACCAGUACGGCAAGGUCGAUCCGACCUGGGUGCGCGUGUACAUGGAAGGUGUGGACGAAGUGGGUGCCCAUUGCGGGCUGUUCUUCCUGAGUGCUACAUAUGAGCAGCUUGUGGGUGAUGUUGCGGCGAGGAUCGAGGGCUGGGUGCAGGAGGAUAUGACGAGGCGGCUCGUUGAGGGCCAGGGGUGAGAGGCGUUGAUAAAUGAAUGGUAGUCAGGUACUACUGUACAAAUUCAAUCAGUAUGCCAGCUUCCUUGCCACCCGGCUUUUUCAAUCUGCUGCAUGUCUGCAAUCUCCAAUAUCUGCCCCGUCUAACGCUCUAUUAUCUCCGCCCCCAUCCUCACCUUACACUCACACAUAGCACAUGGACCAACCGUGCAUCUUCUACGCCCAACAAAGCUUCCCAGGUAAUCCUACCACCCUCCUCCUUUCGUCGCUCUUCGUACUAUAAGUUAUCCUCCUCCCUCGUUACUCUUUUUCUCAUCAUAUACUCUACCACCAACUGUAGCCCUUUCUUUUGGGGGUAAUUUUGGUGUAGGCAGUCUUGGUACAGUCUUUGUUAGUAUCUA